CGGUAUUCAUAUAAUGAAAACCAUGCAGCUUUUUAUUUCUUCUGCGCCUAGAUGUGUGUUUUGAAACAGAGACUUUGCAACAGGAUGUGGUUUAGCUCAGUGCACCAAGUCUGGCCUACAGCAGGUUUCCUGUCAAGCUGCGACUGACUGUUGAAGGCUGGAGCCGUUAUCUCCCCGCUGUCAAGAGUCAAGCUUGUCCUUCGUGCCUCACUUCCUUGGCUUCUUACAGCAUUUCCUGAGCACAAAUCGAUAAACCACUGACAUGCUCUGGAAAGGGGGAAAAAACACAAAAAACUUUUAAGCGAGGCACGGGAAGCUGAUGUUUAAACUCCCCGUUUUACAGGCCUGGAUAAGAGGAAAACUCCUACACACUUGAAGCGGUGUAAACUUCACCAACCGGCUGACAACAGGCGGAUCAAGUCUCCAGUGAAAAGGACAAGCCAGGAAUCCUGUCGUUUCUUUUCGCCCACAAUGUGGACUCUGCAGAAAUCAUUUUGUGUCAGAAGCUACUGAUUUAAAAAGUCGUGUCAGGAUGUGAGUCUGCACUUGGCCCAGGAGAGAUUUGCUGGGAUUGUUGGAUUGUUUACUUUUUUUCUUCAAAAGACAAACCCCAUGGUUGUUUUCGGAUAGCUCCCGCGACAGAGCACUUUGCGCCGGGGAUUACUGAAUACAACUUGUUCACUAAUGAAGAACAAGGCAGCCAAGCAGAAGGGAAAGCGGAAAGGUGCGAAGGACACUGCGUUUGGCUGUGACCUGGGCGAACACUUGCACAGCUCCAGCCAGGAUGUUCCUCAAGUCCUCAAAAGCUGUACCGAAUUCAUUGAGAAACAUGGCAUUGUAGAUGGUGUCUACAGACUCUCAGGGAUUACAUCCAACAUUCAAAAGCUAAGGCAGGAGUUUGGCUCAGAGCAGCAGCCUGACUUGACGAAGGAAGUGUAUCUGCAAGAUAUCCACUGUGUGGGAUCUCUCUGCAAGCUCUAUUUCCGAGAGCUACCCAAUCCUCUCCUCACAUAUGAACUCUACAAAAAAUUCACAGAGGCUGUUGCUGCUCAGUCUGAGGAGGAGCAGCUGGCGAGGAUCCAAAAUGUCAUCAAAGAGCUACCUCCCCCACAUUACAGAACUUUGGAAUACCUGAGCAAACAUUUAACACAAAUAGCCUCGUUUAGCAACAAGACAAACAUGCACUCCAGGAACCUAGCCCUUGUAUGGGCUCCCAAUCUCCUGAGGUCAAAAGAAAUAGAAAGCUCUGGAUAUAACAAUGACGCUGCAUUUCUGGAGGUGCGAGUUCAGUCCAUUGUUAUUGAGUUCAUCCUGAAUCACGUCAAUCAGCUGUUCAACAGCAACGCCACACAGAUCAAGCAAGUCGUUGAAGCACACAAUCCUGUUGCUAAAUGCAAGUCACUUCCGAUUGUAUCACCGUCCAUGAAGCUUUUAUCCCUGGAGGAGGCUCAGGCCAGGACCUUGAAACCAGACCAUCCUGCGCGACUGGAGAAAAUACACAGUGCUCCAAUGAACACUGGCCCUGCUGCCGGGACUAUUUAUCACACCGUCAUCGAUCUGCCAGAUCCCAGGAGAAAGCUCUCUGCAAAGACUAAGAAGUGGAAAUCCAUAUUCAACCUGGGGCGAUUGGGAAACGAUUCCAAGGGUAAACUAAGCAGGAAUGGCAGCGUGUUUGUGAGAGCACCACCGUUUGCAGAAAAAGGCAACAUUCGACCUGCUAAGAGUAUGGAGUCCCUUUGCUCCUUGCCAUUAGAAGAUGAUGAAAUGGGUGUUCGAUUUAAACAUGGAGCAACUCUGGGAGGAGGGCUCUCAGGAUCAAUGAAAUCGCACACUCUUGGAUCAGGAAGUUCCUACAAUCUAAGUCGGAGGCACAGCGAUUGGGAUCAGGAAGAGCUGGUGGGUGCGAUUGGAGGAUGUGUGGGGAACAUUAGCCCGGGAACGUCAGACAAAGAGACAGCGAUUUUGAGAGCGCAGCCGGAGCAGCUGAAGGUGUUCUGUGGGGAAGCCUUCAACAAAUCGGAGCCAUCACCAAAGACGAGACGGUUGUUUUACUCAGCAAAUUUCAAUGAUUCGUCACCCAAGUCCAAUUUCCCGGGUAACUUGUUUCCCCUUGAAGCAUCGCCACGACAUCAUAGAAAACCAAUGGCAGUGAAUAUUUCUGAGCCUUUUUCCACAUCUGUGCCGUUACACAUCUCAGGGAUUAUCAAUCCCCGUGUCACACCCUGUAAGGAGGCACUAAAAGAUGCACAACAUCUGAAUGCCACAGGAUCACUAGUCAAUGGACAGACCAUCGCCUAUGACCAGAACAUUGAAACGGAUGGAUCGAAGCCCGAAUCGCUUGUUGUUUCCACAAAUUCAUCAUCGCAGAAUCAAGCAGAGCUCUCCCUAAACCCAACACAUCAGGACUCUGAUCCAUUGCAGCCUUUCUCUUCCUCAGAGUCCGUGACCAUCUCAUCUGCAUCUCUAAACCCCUGUGAAAACACAGAGCAAGAAGAAGUGCCUCCUCCAAUUGUUCCCUCAGCAGAGAAUCCAUGUGAAAAUGAACAUCAAAGUGGGAGCAUCAAAGAGAAUCCAGCAACUAAACAGGAUGCCGAUUCCUCUGCCAAGCUAUUUAAGGAGCAUCUGUGGCCUCAAGCCAAAGAGCUUGAGAUUGUUGAAACUGAGGAGACCACUGGGCCUGAUUUCUUUCUGGAAAAGAUGGAAGAAAAAUCGGAUGAAUCUCGUGACGACAGCCAGAUCGAGUAUAUGUCUCUGCCUGAUGCUUCAACAGCGGUAAAUAUUAUUGGACGGCACAGAAUGCACAGUCUCCCCAACCUGUUCUUACAAAGCUCCCCUCUAAUGGUUGAAACUGCUCAUGAAGAAAUGGACUUAAACUCCACAAGUAGCAAAUGUUCCAGUGAAGGGAAGAACAUCAAGACACCUGAUCAUAGCCAGACUCAGGACAUUAAAUCUUUGGAAUCCUUACAAGAUGCUUCCUCCAAGAUGGAACUUAUACAACCAAUAACGGAUCAAAAUACUUUGAAGGUGAAAAUGGAGACUCCACCACCAGCAUCUGCAGAUUCAGAAUUAGUCGAUAUUAAUUCAGAUGUGAAGCAUCAAUAUUCAAUUGGUUCUCAUGGAUUUCAGUCUUCAGAACCUUGCAUUAAGAAAACUGGACCAAACUCAAAAACAAAUAAUCAUUUCAUAGAUGCUUUGCACGAGGUGACUGUAAAUUCAACGCAUAAUCUGUCUGAUGAGAAAAGAGAUCAAGAGGAGCAUCUGGCAGAUAUUCAGUCCGAUCUGAAAGCUGAAACUUUGACAACCGUUGCCAGUGAGCUUCCCUGUCCCAAACACUGGAUGGACAACGAUGCAUUUAAUGAACGUAACUCGCCUUCAUUCCAGCUGGGUGAAGUCAAAGAGGAUGAGGAAGAAUGUCUGGCAAAGAUGUCACCAGAUAUAAGGCCAGAGGAGUGGCGAUAUGCUGCUCAGGAUAUAUGGUCCCCUGAUGUGUGUACAGAUAAAGUAUCCCCUGACGAGCCUCCUGAAUCAUCAUCUCAGUGUGUUAACCAAAAUAUUGAUUGGAUCAGUCAAACCCCAAUUUGCAAUGAUGAGCAUUUGAGCAAUACCUCCCUUGUAAGCAAAUCUGUAACUUCCCUCAAUGAAAUGGAGGAGAACUCCAGACAUAGCCAGCUAACUGUUGCAACAGCUGAACACAAUUCAUUGGCAUCUUCUAAACUGGAUAGUUUAUACGUUGGAAACGUUGGAGCCAGUGCAGAAUCCACAGCGGUAAUGCCUGGUACAAUUGAGGGAGGUUGCUUUGCAUCUGAAGAUAAGACACCAUUAUUUGCUUCAUACUCCACAGUCAACAACCAACCUUCUGUGGCUGAUGAAUCCCCAGUUCAAUCAUUUCCAGUUGGUGUCACUGCAGUUCGAACAACCUACAUGAUAAAGACAUGUCAGGUCAAAGCAAUCCCAGUCGUUCCACCAAAGGUGCAGUUUACGCAGGUCCCCAAGCCUUUGCCAAAGAAGAGCCUCACACCCUCUUCCCUCCCCUUGGACAAAGUUCUAACCGUUCUGCAACCUGUUGAACCAAGUUGGCCUGACAGCAAACAAAGACUGGAUUCAACAGCAACCAAUUCUUCACCGGCAGAAUCUAAAGACGGGAAAGAAAAUGGCCUGCCAAAGUCUCAAUCACCUGAGCAUGGCGGGUGUGUUGUCUCUCCAGAUGCAUCCAUCACACAGUCUAAACCCAGUCAAGCAGCACCAGUCGUGAAGAAAACCUCCACGGAAAAUGGAGAAGAUGUCCCCGAUAUCCCGUCAUCUUUAAGAACGGAUAGAUCCGUGGUGCAGCAGAAGCCUGGGUUUAUACGCCACGCUCAGCACAGAUCAAAGGCAAGUAGGCCACAAAGCCUCAUCCUCUUCAGCCCUCCCUGGCCAAGCAUGGAACGCUCUUCCCCUGGCGAGCUCAGCAGAACGCCACUCAGUCCAGUGAAAUCCAGCCCUGAGCCACAUACAACAUCAGAGCUGGAUCAUUCAGCUCCAGGCAGCUCCUCCCAUCAACUUACUGACAGUCAGAAAGGGCCAGAGGGUGUCACCCUCCGAAGCCACAUGAGCAUGCCUAAAAAUGGGCAGCGGUUGGAGACCUCAACAAGUUGUUUCUACCAACCUCAGCGGAGGUCCAUGAUAUUUGAAAAUAGAGGUGGCAGGCAAAUUGAAUGACUAAUUUUAAAUGAUCCACAUAUUUCAGACAGCUUACAUAAGAUUUUAUUUGUUUUGCCUCUUUUCAUAUUCUUCCUCCCAAGCUCAAAUGUCAACCACAGUUUUAAAAUAUGCUUCAGAAUAUGGAGGUAGAGAAUGUUAAAUAUCCAGACUUGGGCAAGGUAAAGAAUAUUAGGUGAACCAGCUUUAGAUGUUACAAUUGCUAAGCCUUUAAUAAAGGGUGCUUCUUUCUAACUUUGCAAUGCAACAUAUACCUAUGAUCAAGUGAGUGGAGGAAAUGUAAAAUAUGCUAAUUAACAGCCAAGUCGUUCCUUAAAAAGAACAUUUUGUAAGCUCUCUCAGAAUUAAAACUGUGCCUUGAAUCUGUGGCUGAUAACAGCAAACAAAAUCAGUCCCACUGAAGAAUCAUCUCUCAUUUUAGCCUGAUCUCUACAAGGGGUACUUUGCUAUAAUAUUUUUUAUAUUUUAUAGCAAGCCUUGUAAGAAAAAGAUUUUACCUGAUGUAUUAUAAGUGUGGAGAAUGCAUUGUUGAUGGUUAUUGCACUUAAUGAUCGACUCUCAUGAUCAUUGCAAACCAUGUUGUUUUAUUAUUGCUUACUGUACCUAUUACUCUAUUACUUAUACUAAUAGAGCAAUGUAAAUUCAAAUUAUAUCUCCUUACAAAAUUUUAUUGAUUUCGUUAUACCUCACAUAAAAGCAAAGAAUGACAAAUUAAGAAUUAAACAGUCACUUCUGACCAAAGCAGAAAAUCUAUGUUAGACGUACUACUGUAAUAUUUAUCUAAAUACAACCAUCUCAGAGAAUAGACAUCAGUGACCCUGUACAUUCUUUACCAUCUCAGUUUCAAUGUUUAUGAUCCUCUCAUCUGUAUUGAAAUUAUUUCUACAAUGUCAAAUAUUAAAUGUAAGUAUUUUUUGUCCAGUAAGAGAAUUAAAUUGUUUGAACAAAAA